AUGGCUUCAAACUCGGAUGAGGCAAGAAGACUGGCAGAUGAGUUUAAGAAGGAGGGCCAUUUUGAUAAACUGAAACAUGAUAUCUUGUCUCAGGAAUUGAAGCAAGGUGAAAGCAGUACCUCUGUUGAGCAAACUAUUAGAGCCAAAGUGAACGCAUUGGUCAGAGCUAUGGUAGCAGAGGAUGAGAAUUUGAUUUUCAAGAACAGAGGCUCUACAAGUGCCCUUAUUGAGUCUCAAAUCUUCAAAGAUGGCUACAAAGCACUAUCGCAAGGUGAUGGAGGACUAAAUGUGGAAGAAUAUAUUCAAGAGAAGUUAAAUGAACCUGCAUUGCAAGAUCAUGUAAGAGAAAAAAUCGAGGAAAUGGUGCAAGGCACCAAAAAUGGUUGA